AUGGCCGGCGUCCGACGAUCACCCGCUCAUCAUCGGCUAAGAAUGGCUCUCGCCCUUACAACCACCACGACAAGGCGCGUGGCCGUGACCAAAGCCCUGGGAAUCCAGCAGCGCCGCCCUCACCGGUCGGACGGGCACCGACAGGGUGGACAAGCCAGAAGCACCAACAAGCAACAACAGCAAAGGACGCAGAAGAAGAAAAAGCCAACAGACACCAGAAACCAUGCCAUCGCCCGUGCCCUGGAUGACGUGCUUUGA